CCAGAGAACUCCAUUAACCACUUCAAAUCUUCUCUCUCUCUCUCUCUCUCUCUGUAUCAAUCUCUCUUGAAAUGGUGAAGAAAAAGGUUCCUGAUUGGCUCAACAGCUCUCUCUGGGCCACUACCACCAGUUCUUCCUCCUCCGCCGACGACGAUCGCCUUCAACGCUACUCGUCCAAACACUCCAUUAUCGCCGACACCGCCACCCCAACCGAGCCUCUCGAUGGGUCACCGGUUCCGGUCUCAACGCCGGCCUCAAUAAGAGAGCAGCCUCCUCGUCCUUCGAAGCCUGAAAUCAAAAUUAAGGAUAAAGAUAAGGAUUCGCGAAACAGCGUUAGUAGUAAUAUCAAUAAUAAUGAGGAGGAUAAUGGGAACUCCGUUGCCGGUCCCUCUGCUGAGGAUAUUUCUAGACAGGCUCAGCUCUUGACCGAGUUGUCGAAGAAGGUGGUAAAUAUUAGGGAGUUAAGGAGAAUUGCAUCUCAGGGGAUACCUGAUGGUGCUGGCAUUCGUUCCAAGGUCUGGAAGCUUUUACUGGGGUAUUUACCAGCUGAUCGCUCACUUUGGUCAAGUGAACUGGCUAAGAAGAGGUCUCAGUACAAGCAUUUUAAAGAGGAGCUUUUAAUCAAUCCUUCGGAAAUCACAAGGAGGUUGGAGAAAUCCACAGUUUGUGAAAAUGAUGAGGCAAAAAGUGAAAGCAGUGGUAUGCUAUCAAGAUCACAAAUAACCCAUGGAGAGCAUCCUUUGAGCCUUGGGAAGACCAGCAUCUGGAAUCAGUUCUUCCAGGACGCAGAGAUCAUGGAGCAAAUUGACCGAGAUGUGAAACGUACUCAUCCAGACUUGCACUUCUUUUCUGGGGACUCAUCUUUUGCAAAAUCCAAUCAGGAGGCUUUGAAAAACAUACUGAUUGUAUUUGCUAAAUUAAAUCCGGGCAUAAGAUAUGUUCAAGGGAUGAAUGAAAUUCUGGCACCUCUUUUUUAUGUAUUUAGAAAUGACCCUGACGAGGAAAUGGCGGCUUGUUCUGAAGCAGACACAUUCUUUUGUUUUGUUGAAUUAUUAAGUGGAUUUCGGGAUCAUUUCUGUCAGCAACUUGAUAACAGUGUUGUUGGGAUUCGUUCAACAAUUACAAAGUUGUCACAGCUUUUGAAAGAACAUGAUGAAGAACUUUGGCGCCAUCUUGAGGUCACAACCAAGGUCAACCCCCAAUUUUAUGCAUUUAGGUGGAUUACUCUCCUCUUGACUCAGGAAUUCAAUUUUGCUGAUUGUCUUCAUAUUUGGGACACACUUCUGAGCGACCCUGAAGGUCCACAGGAAACUUUACUACGGAUUUGUUGUGCAAUGCUGAUUCUCAUUCGGAGGCGACUACUAGCAGGGGAUUUCACUUCUAAUCUCAAGCUUCUCCAGAACUAUCCCCCUACAAACAUCAGCCAUUUGCUCUAUGUUGCAAACAAGUUGCGUGCUCAACCAUCAGGAUGAUUAAUUUUUGCAAUGCUUCUUUGUUUUUCAUCUCUCCCAUGUUUUUAUGUUUGAAAAUCUAUUGUUUGUAAAUUAUUGGAUGUAAAUGUUGGAUAGCAUGCAGAGAGAAUCUCCCAUGUCAUUUUUAGACUGCAUCUUGUUGUAGGCAUUUUUUUAAGAUUUAAUUUUUCCUUUUUCCCUUCUAUAUUCUAGGUUGAGGAGGAGGUGAGUUGGUCGCUAUUUCUGUAUUUUGGUUUUGUGUAGGUUUUGUAAUCUUCGGCAUGAAUACAGAAAAUUUUCAGUCA